AUGAUCCCAACAAUGGUUUGGCUGGUCAUCUUGUCAGUUCUGAUGCAUGUUUUCCUGACAUCGCCUGGUGCUUGGUGUUUGGAGCCGGAGCCUGGAGCCUCUCUUUAUCCAAGAAUCCUGGACCUCCCAUGGCAGGAUGAGCUGUGCUGUGACUCACCUCCUGCCUCUGUCAGUGAGGAGGGAGGCAACUCAAUCACACCAGAGACAAAGCGCUCCAAAUUAAACCUCCUACACCCUUCUCACUGCAACUUCAGGAACGUAACGAUUGAAUCUCAGCCUCGAAGGCCUUCUGGCGGCAUCUGUUUGGACGUACUGUGCAGAAUUAGUGAAAACUGGGAAAAUGUAACUUGUGAUCUGAAGUCUGGAGAACUGGAUGCUGGUCACAUGGCUCUCAGCUUCCAGUGGCUGUCUCCAGACAACGACACAGAGAGGAACAACUCCACAUCUGACCGUCUGGUUGUUUGUGAUGAAGAACAUUCUCUCUCAUGUUCAUUUCCUUUGGACUCUGCAAGAAGCUUUAUCAUCAUGGUGACCGCCAACAUCUCCAGCGCUGCAGCUCCACCAGUUCUGCUCAGAAUUCCUGCCAGACCAGUAAAACCAAAUCCACCAUUCAGCCUGUCACACAUUCAGACCAUUGAUGCAGAACUGAUCCUCAGCUGGGAAGACCCUUUAGACUUUGGCGCUGAUCCACUGAGAUAUGAAGUCCGAUAUUCCUCCAACACCACUCACUCGGACUGGCUGGUGGAGUCUGUGGUUGAAGAAACCAGAUUUUCUCUGGUUCUGAAACCCAACAUUGACUACACCAUCCAGGCCCGUUGUGCCAGCCUGGAUGAGCCUCCAUUGUGGAGCGGGUGGAGCGAGCCUUACCACAUCUUCUUGGACACUGUGAGCUACAUCCCUGAGAAAGUGGUAGCCCGAUCGGGGGAGACUGUCACGUUGUACUGUGUAUUCAACGACCGCAGCAUCAACGCCAGCACAGCCACGUGGAUCCUCAACUACACACAUCUGCUUGAUCGCAGCCAGUACCACCCAGUCAACGAAUGGGUCAGCCAGGUCACAGUCCGUGCUUCAGCCACGGGCAUAUAUGACCUGCUGAGGUGCACACAGAACUGGAGCCAUUCUUACAGCCAGAUAUUUGUAGAAGGAGGGUUCAUUGAUAUAACCUGUGUUACCAACGGUGACAUUGAUGCUAUGGACUGCAGAUGGAAGAAAGAUGAGUGGACUAAACUCCAAUUCAAAUACAAGUGGGCAGAUCUGCAGUGUGACGUGAUGGAGGAAAAAGAGCGAGUGGGUGAGAACGUGGGCACGAUGGGACCCCCCUGCAUGCAGGUGACCUCCAAACAGAAAGUUUGCACCAUCCACCCUCUGAGGAUGAACUGCUACAAACUGUGGCUUGAAGUCCCAUCCCAUCUGGGUCCAGUCAGGUCCAAACCCAUCUACCUGUCACCUAUAGAUCAUGUAAAACCUCACACCCCCACCAAAGUGUGGGCGGUGAGCCGGAGCAGCGGGGUCCUGAUGGUCACAUGGGAGCCUCCGUCUCUGCCGAUCGAGGGUCUCCAGUGUCAGUUUCGGUACCACUCGCUCAGUGUGAUAGAGAAGUGGAAGGCCCAGAGUCCGGUGCGGGUUCCCUGGGCGGAGGUAAAAGUACCAAACACGUGCCAGGUUUACGUGGUUCAAGUGCGCUGCAUGCACAUCAACGGGGCCGGCUACUGGAGUGAAUGGAGUGACUCUGUCAACUCCACAACUCAAAACAGCCGAGCUCCUGAUCGUGGACCUGAUUUCUGGAGAUUUCGUGCAGAUGAUCCCCACAGAAACACGUCUAACAUCACUCUGUUAUUUGAGCAUUUCUCAGAAUCUGGGAACUCCUACUGUGUGGAUGGAUUUAUUGUUCAGCACCAGAUCUGGAAUGGCUCUGUGGUGAGGAAGACGAUCGAUCUGGUGUCCUCCUACAGCUUCGAGUGGAACCAGGAGCUCCAGACGGUUUCUGUGGAAGCCUACAACAGCCUGGGGAGCUCCAGCAGCAACACGAACAUGACACUGGAGAAACAACCCAAACGUCGCUGUCUGCGUUCCUUCCAUGUUUCGGUUGUGAACAGCACCUGUGUGUCUCUGUCCUGGAGCCUGUUGGACGUCAGCUCUGUCCCCGUCUCUGUGGUGGUUCAAUGGUCCCCAACAAGCCAGCAGGACUCUGAAGACUUUGGCCUCAGACAACAAAUGUGGGCCAGACUGCCUUACGCUGAGCACAGACUCUUGAGAGGUGAUUUUUUUAGCUCGGAGGAGUACGGUUUCUACUUGUACCCCGUGUUUGCAGAUGGAGAAGGAGAGCCGAUGUUCACUUUAGCAACAAGAGGAGAACAUGCUGCCUACAUGUUGGUGAUGUUCAUCAGCUUCCUCUGCAUCGUUGUGUUUAUCACGCUGGUUCUCUCACAAAACCAAAUGAAAAGGUUUAUAUGGAAGGAUGUUCCCAAUCCCAACAAAUGUUCGUGGGCCAAAGGACGCAACUUCAAAAUGGUGGACACCUUCGAGCAGCUGUUCCACUCUCCAGAGGGUCUCCUAGCCCUGCCGCUGCCCUCUGAAGAUAUAUCUAAAGUUAUCAUUAUAGACAAAGUUCUGACAAAGGCCUUAAUCCAAACCUCGAGGCCCCUGACUCCUAACCCUGCAGCCUCAGACACCUCCUUUCUGCCAUGGUUCGAUCCCAACGUUGAACAGACUGAAGCAAGUGAGACGCUCCUCAGUGGAUCUGGAUCCCUGGCGAUUACUCUGAAUGCUUCAACUACGUCAACCCAAAGCUUAGAUGAAUUACAACCAAUUGAUCCCAUCGUGGCUCACAUUCCAGCCGACACUCACAGCUCUGCACAGUCUUCAGUCACAUAUUCCAAAGUGCUGCUCUCUGAUGCGAAGCAGGAGCACCAGCCCGACGAUCUCCACUUCAGGGUCGGCAGCAGGAGCAGCCUGAGCGACGAGGGAAACUUCUCUGCCAACAACUCGGACAUUUCUGAAUCUGUUGCCGGGGCUCUAUGGGAGCUGGACAGCUGUCCCGGUGCCGAGGUGGAUGAUCCAAGACGUUCCUGCUCCUACAACUCCGUGGAGGAGGUUUCUGAAACAUCAGAGCAAGAGGACGAAGGGGCAGCGCAGCAGGAGAAGCACUUGUGUUAUCUAGAAAUGAAAUACUCAACGGAGGAUGAGGGGAGUGAGGAGGAAGACGAGGAGAGAGAGGAGGAGACAAAAGCGGAGCUUCUUAAAAACGUUCUGAACAGAGAGGACUAUCCUCUGCUCAGUCCAGAAGAUCUGAGUCAAAGCAGCCAGCUGCUGUCGGCGUCGACUUGUGGUUUCUCUUCACUGUACCUGCCUCAGUACAGAACGGCUGCGUGCACGAGACUUUUCCAAACACAAGAGAGCCAGCCCUAACUCUGGUUUAAAUGUGCUUCAUUACCAUUGUGCUGUGGACAAAGUCGUGCUUUUGCAGAUCAUUUGUUCUCAUAAGACAUUGAGAUUUCUGGAGCUGAAAAUGAAAAAAUCAAAAUAAUAAGUUAAAAAUAACUCAACUGUGAAUGUAAGAGGAAAACUACCAGCGCUGCUAUUGUGUUCUGCAAGAAAAGAUGUCAAGAGGACACCCUUCAUGGAUGGUUUUCUC